AGUGAGAACCGAAGAAUGUAUUUUUUCUUAGAAGUUUCAACGGAGAGGGGUCGCGAGAAUCGGGGAAGUGGCCGGUCUGGCCGUGGUAGCGGCGGCACCGGAAGUAAUCGUGGUGGCGGUGGUGGCAGAGGUGGGAAUUACCCACGUUACCAGCACCAUCAGCGGGGUCAGCAUCAAAGUGGUGGAGGUGGAAGAGGAUUGGGUAGGGGUUGGUUUCCCACCCAGACCGGUGAUCAGCAGCGGGGUAAUAGGCUGGGUCAAAGACGUCAAGGUGGUGGCGCGUACCGGGCACACCAACAUGGUGGUCAGGGUGUGAGGCCUACAAGGGUGGAAUCAAGUGAAGGGUGUGUGGUUGGUGGAGGAGGAGGAGUGCGGACUGGGAGACCUUGUGGACCCACUUUUGUGCCUGGUCAAUCCCAACCUCGCUCCUGUUAUUCCAAAUAUCCAAUCAUUCGAAAUUUCAGAGCAGAAUCCUCGAUCAACUCUUCUGGAUGCGCUACAAGAAAUAAGUUUGUUAGCGGCGAAAGUAUUGGUGACGAAAUUUAUAUCGUCACUAAAUCCUAAUGUUUUGUGGCAAAAAUAAAUAUUGGCCACUAACCCAAAAUAGUUAGUGGCAAGCUAAAAAAAUUGUCACUGUUGAGCUAAAACAUGGUCAUCUAAAUUUCCUUCAUCGCUGAGCGAUUCUCUAUAUCGUUCGCUGCUGGAAAUGCCCAAAUGCCACUCAAAUCUCCUUUCCUAAGAGCACUAGUGAAGGAGUUUGUGCGUGAAUCUAAUGGGGUUUCAUGUCCAUUUGCUGCCAGUUUGCAUGGUUCUUAAAGCCAUGUAGUACUAGAGGCAUAUGGUUAAGUACUGUUUUCAUUUUCACUUUGUGUGUUUUUUUGUGAAUGUUUGUUUGGUGUCCUGGUUACUUGUCAUGUUGGUAAAACAUGAGUAUGGUCAGUUGGGUUUGAUGUGUGUGUGUGUGAAUGUGUGUUGAUCAAGCUAUGGAGAAUGUAAUAUUUACAAAUAAUUAAAGGACUUGAUGUUUGAGUAAGUUUCUAAUUUGAACUGAAUUUGAAUGUACAUCUCUUUUGGAUUCUUCAAUUAUAUGCCCAAAUCUAUAUGUGCUUAUGCCUACAACUGAAGUUCUUAAUGCUGAUUCUUUGGGUUCAAUAAUGUUCUAUUAGAAAUCUGGUGCACAAAGAAGAUGAGUAGUGGAGUGGGCGAUUUGUAAAUGAAUCAUGCAACCUCAUAUUGUUUUAGUGGAAAUGG